GAGCACGAUCUCUGUCUCAUUCCUAUGUAAGGAACCACUCUGACUUCGGCUAAAAAGAUUAUCUAUUAUUCAUCAAGAUCCAAUCUUCCAUCAUUGUCUUUGCUCCGACACCGUAAAAAUGCAUCCCGUCUCCUCCUCCUCCUCCUCCUCUUCUUCUUCUCCGGCGACUAAUGAUAUUUCUACGCCGCUUCUCAAUCGUAACCGGCCCCGUUCUUCGCAACCGCUACGUGGAGCAGCGUCGAGGCUUCUCCGCCGUGCUAGCAGUCGCGGGAUGAUGCUCCGUGAGUCAUCGGUUCGUGUCCGUGAGACAGCGGCUGAGCAGAUUGAGGAGAGACAGAGUGAGUGGGCGUACUCUAAACCGGUUAUAGUCUUGGAUGUGGUCUGGAAUCUAGCUUUCGUGUUCGUCACUGUUGGAGUUUUAUGGUUUAGGUCGGAGGAGAAUCCUCGUGUUCCUCUCAGAUUCUGGAUCGUUGUGUAUAAUCUUCAGUGUUUGCUUCAUGUUGCGUGUGUGGUCUCUGAGUAUUGCCGUCGACAUGGUUAUGAUCGUCUGAACCGAGAUUUGGAUUCCGGUUUAACCUCCAGUGAAGGAUCUAGUGAAGACGAAUCUGAUGGUCCUGAGAUUGAAUCUGGAACUAGUCUUGCUAAGCAUCUUGAAUCAACGAAUGCGAUGUUCUCAUUUGUGUGGUGGAUCAUUGGGUUUUAUUGGGUCAGUGCUGGUUCUGAGGAACUUGCCCAAAGCUCACCUCAACUCUACUGGCUCUGUGUGGCGUUUCUCGCCUUUGAUGUUAUCUUUCUAGUCCUAUGCGUUGCGGUUGCUUCUCUUAUUGCUAUCGCUGUGUGCUGCUGUUUGCCUUGCAUCAUCGCGGUUUUGUACGCUUUGGCAGAGCGGGAAGGUGCAUCUGAUGAGGAGAUAGAAAGGCUUCCGAGAUUCAAGUUUCUAACGGUGAGAAACUCAGAGAAAGUGAAUGGUGAGAUACUGGAAACACAUGGAGGGAUAAUGACUCAACUUGGUGUCGAUUCUCCAAGUGAACGUGUGUUAUCAAGUGAUGAAGCUGAAUGUUGUGUUUGUCUUUGUGAGUAUGAAGAUGGAACAGAGCUGAGAGAGCUUUGGUGUAGACACCAUUUUCAUGAAGCUUGUAUAGAUAAAUGGCUACGCAUUAACGCCACUUGCCCUCUCUGCAAAUCCAACAUUCUCAAAACUGAUGAACAGAGUGGGAACGAUGCAGUUUGAUCAAAGUUUAUUCAUUCAGGGUGAUGUAUUCAUCUUUUUUUACUCUCUACUAUCUUGUUGUGUAAAUGCAGAAAGUGUAACGUAAUAUUUAAACAAAUGUUAAUUAUUACAUGUUGAAAUUGUUUUUGUAACAGAGA